AUGGAACAACAGAUAAAAGACCUACAAGAUCAAGUGCGGGAGUUAACUUUAGCUGUACAGAGACGAAGGGGCAAUGACCGAACCCCUCCUCGAUACAGACCUGAUGAUGAAUAUGAUACCGACGAGUUCUCCCAAGCCGGUGACUAUAACCCUUAUGGUCGUCGAUCUCCUAACAACCGAAACCACACCGACAUCAAAGUUGACAUUCCAGAGUACGAUGGAAAGCUUGACCCGGACGAGUUUGUAGAAUGGCUUCGAACCGUGGAGAGGGUAUUUGAUUACAAGCACACAGUGGAGGAAAAGAAGGUGAAACUUGUUGCUUUGAAGUUAAGGAAGUAUGCAUCAACUUGGUGGGCAAAUGUGUGUUCACAACGAGAGAAAAUGGGUAAGAGUAAGGUCCGUUCAUGGCAAAAAAUGAAGAAGUUGCUCAAGGCCAAAUUCAUGCCAGUGUAUUACCUCCAAGAAAGCUUUACAAAACUCCAUUUUAUUAAGCAAGGAACCAGAUCUGUUGAAGAAUUUUCUCAAGAAUUUGAACAUCUUCUUAUGAAAUGUGAUCUUGGGGAAGACGACCCUCAAACAUUGGUACGAUAUCUCGGUGGUCUAGAGUCAAGAAUUGCAAACAUUGUAGAGCUACAGUCGUACUCGACGUUGGCUGAACUCAGGUUAAUGGCGCACAAGGUGGAGUCUCAACAGAAAGCACGAGGCAAGAUGGAAGCGGCCAAACAAGUUAACAAACCAAGUCUCGCACCAAAUGCUUUAUCCAUGCCAACUUCCGAACCGUCACCGAUGAAGACUAUAGAUGUACCUGAUGGUUCCAGUACUAUUUCGAAGCAUUCACGGCGUUGUUUCCGUUGCCAAGGACUGGGACAUAUCGCAUCGGAAUGUCCCAACAAACGGGUUAUCACUUUAGCAGAAUUUGAAGCCUUGAGCGAGCCCAAGUUCGACGAAGAACCGAACCACCAACGUGAUAAAGAAGAGGUAGUGAUUGGACCUGAUGAUGGAGAGUGUUUGGUGAUGCGUCGAGCACUCAACGGAACCGCUGUUCACUGUGAAAAUCUGCAGCGUGAGGCUCUUUUUCGCACUCGUUGUACAAUUCGAGACAAGGUUUGUUCGAUAGUUAUUGAUGGCGGAAGUUGCACCAACGUAGCGUCUCAAACCAUGAUCUCAAAACUGAACUUGCUAACUGAACCCCAUCCUUCUCCUUAUGACAUUCACUGGCUUAAUCAAGGAAAAGGUAUCCGUGUUACAACCCGUGUUUUACUCUCAUUCACUAUUGGACAGGAAUACAAAGAUGAAAUCUGGUGUGAUGUUAUACCAAUGGAUGCAUGCCAUGUGCUAUUGGGAAGACCUUGGUUGUUUGAUCGGAAGGUUAUUCAUGACGGGUAUAAAAACACAUAUUCUUUUGUUAAAGAUGGGAAAAAGAUAACAUUACUCCCCAUGGUCUACACUAAUGCAACAGGUCGGCAUUCCUUAGUUAUGAUUGGAUUUAAAAGAAGUAAGUCCCUUGGCAUAGGUACCGUUCACUGUACCUUUUGCUUUGCUGGUGUUUAUUGCAUUGGUUGCAUAUAG